UAAACCAUUACGGUGCCACUUCUGUACAAGAUUACUACACAUUCCAGGAAAUAAGAUGACGAAAUAUUGCGUUUUCUUGUGUAUCACACUACUGUGUGUAAUACCAGCUCAAAUUUCAUCCCAUCGUAUAUCAGGGCGCAUAAUUGGCGGCCACAAUGCAAAUGCAGGCCAGUUCCCUUUUGCAGCAGCCAUCUACAAAAGCACCCCCGAUGGUACAUUUUUUUGCAGCGGAGCGUUGGUGUUAAGUCGAUGGGUUUUGACCGCUGGACAGUGUGUGGAUGGGGCCGUGACGUUUAAUAUUCGUUUGGGAUCCAAUAGUCUCAGCGCAAAUGAUCCUAAUGCACUGAGAGUGGCUACGGACAUCUACUAUUUGCACCCAGAUUAUGAUCCACUAACUUUGGUUAAUGAUAUAGGGAUGAUUGAAUUCCGAAUGUCCAUUACUUACACAGAGUACAUCAGACCGAUUAACAUUGUACCAUCUACCUCUCUUCCUAACUAUUCGUCGGUUGCGACUUUAGGUUGGGGGCAGACCAGCGAUGCAACUGCCGGACUGGUUGAUGAACUUCAGUACGUUUUUCUAAUUACUCUUACAACUGAAGAAUGUCAGUUAGUUUUUGGAAAUCAAAUAAGUGAUAAUAUGGUCUGUGCUGGUGGUAACUACAAUGAGGGUACUUGUAGAGGAGAUCUUGGAAGCCCACUGAUACAAUAUGGUGGGAGUAGCUCUCUGGUAUAUCUAGUAGGAGUAUCCAGUUUUAUAAGUUCUAACGGUUGCGAAAGUACUGAUCCAUCAGGAUUUACAAGAGCUAGUCCAUACAUAGGGUGGAUAAACAAUAUUACUUCUUCAACGUGAAUAAUUCCUCAUGAAAAAUUAUAACUGCUGUCAUUUUGUUACUCCUGCAUAAUAUAAAAUUAUAAAUAUAGUCAUUCUAA